CUCUUGUUGCUCCUAAUGAGGCCGGGAAUCGAACCAAGGCCUAAACAGCCCUAAACCUUUUCCCAUUCAUUUCCUAUGGUAGUGCUGAACCACUACGGAUGCAAUAUAGUUUUGACCACUAUGUGCUUUGGUGCUGUUCCUUCUUACAAACGGAAGUAACGCAGCAGUAUACCAGUCCACCAAAGAAAACUGCUCUCGCGCGGGAAGAAGAUAAAUAAAUCAAAGAAAACAGAUCGUUACCUAUUUCCAUCCAUUUUUUCAUGUUUUAAAAGGUCAAAAUGCAGAAGAAGAUCAUCUUUUAUCCAGGGAAAUUAAGUGUCGUUUUCCGCAAGGGACCCAGUGGAUUUCUUCUGCAGGAYCCCUCUCCUGAGGCCAAAAGGAUAAAAAAUGAUCCUAGUCUGUGGGACAAGUCGGAGRCAAAGAGAGAGGAUAUUGUUCGGCAAAAUGCUUUGUCUGCGGUUCGUCAAAGAGGAGGGGAUGUCACAGAUGCUUCAGAGGUGCUGGGAGACUACAGCCUCCAAUUUGGAAAAUAUAAAGGGAAGAAAUUCCGGUGGCUUUUAGAAAAUGAUGUCGGUUACACUUUGUACCUCAUCAAAAAUUUACAAAAGGAAGAGGAAGCUGGCAUCUGUGUCACAGAGAACCGUAACAAGGUCAACCUCCUGACAUUUGUAAAGUAUGCGCUCAGUUUUAAAGACAUACAAGAUGCAGUUAAUUAUGAAAACAGAGACACUGUUGCAGCAACUUCUGAACAUGACCAGCUGGUUGGUUUUGGCUCUCGGGCCAAGAGCACUUGGAAGGAGAUUUGGGACAGUAGAGAAGAUGGUUAUGCUGACUUCAUACUAAAGAAGACCUGCCUUCCUGGGACUCGGAUGAAUAAGCUGCAGCAGUAUCUGCUCAAGAGACGGCAGUCAUCCUCCAGUCAGACAUCUACACCAUCCAGCGUGCUACAUAAACCUCCAGUGAUGGAGGAGGACGAAGGAUUGGAGGCUGAAAUGCUGAACAUCUCACCCUCUAAGCUCCUGAGUCAGAGCAUGUCAGGGUCAGCGGAAAAAGA